AUGACAAGCUCUCCUCCCCCAACCACAGUCCACAUUCCCCUAAGCGUCUUCGAUAAGGUCACUUUCGAUACCCAUGUAGCACUGAUCUAUGCCUAUCGUCCCCUAAACCCACCAAAUAUUACCCUAGAGCUAGGGCUUCAAAAGGCCUUAUCAGUCUACAGAGAGCGGGCUGGAAGGUAUGGUGAAGAGGACAAUGGCUGUCCUGUCAUUCUUCUCAAUGAUGAAAGCAUGAGGUUUGUGGAAGCAUCAGUUGAUAGCACUCUUGAUCAAGCCAUGCCAUUAAAACCUUUAAAAUCUUUACUAAGCCUUCACCCAAGCUUAAAGGGUGUGGUGGACUUGGUCCAAGUUCAACUUACAAGGUUCACUUGUGGCUCAUUGGUGCUGGGCUUCACAACACACCACCAUGUGGCUGAUGGGCAUUCCACAAGCAAUUGCGUGGUUGCUUGGGGACUAGCUUGCCGAGGAAUCCAUAUUAGUCCACUCCCUUUGCAGGAUCGGACCAUUUUCUCCCCUCGAAACCCACCUCGUUUUGAGUUUGAUCACAGAGGAGUGAAGUUUAUGAACAAAAAACUUGAUAAGAUUUAUCCUCUUGAUGAUAACUUCAUGGAUCGAGAUCAAGACAUUGUGGUGCACAAAGUUCAUUUUACCUUACAGUUUCUCGCCAAGCUCAAGGCCAGAGCUUCUUCAAUGAAUGGUGCUAACAAGCCCUAUAGCACUUUUGAGAGCCUUGUUGUUCAUCUGUGGAAAGGCAUGUGCCUUAAACGGGUUCGAAACCACCCACAUAAGAAUCGCAGUCAAUGGCGGUUGAAUCCUAGAGUACCUAAUGAGUACUUUUGUUGUGAUCGUGCAGCAAUUAUGGUGAAUAGUAAAGAAUCAAACAAUUAA